CAUUUGCUAUUUUGACAUCAUCGACAUACGAUGCAGACGCGUUCGACAGCCAACAACGUGAAGGCUACACGUAACACGGCAGGAAAGGAUAAAACGGCGGAUAGUACGACUCAGCUGGCGCAGGCGGAACCGCGCACGAAGCCAUUUGAGCACGACCAGCAAAGUUUGAUUACGCCUCAAAAUUCUACACAAACUCAACGAACUUUCUUACAGGGUAACGGGCCUAACGACGUGAAGGUUAUGCAUCCAUCUCAGCGAAGUAGCUCGCUAACCAUGUCUUCUUCUCAAAGCUGUCUUCGCCAAAACAGGAAUGAAGAGGCCAGAGGUCGACUUUUCUCUGUGGGCAUAUCUACCCAAACAAAGUCAUCUAAAAACUUGGACUAUGUGCGGCUGAGCUCUGGCGAAGGGAUCACUCUCUACUGUAAGGCCGACACCUCCGUCCCGUUUACGUUCCGUUUUCAUGAACAGUGUCAUCCGAAUAUGCGUCUUCGCAUACGUCCCGAAUACACAGAAGACAGAUAUGCGAACAAACCUGUUGAACGUUGUCCAAAUCAUGUUGUCAAGGACAAUACGGAAAACAAGCACCACUUUGUCCGAUGCGAGCAUCCACAUGCUGAAUAUCUAAGCGCUAAGGAUGCUUAUGCUGUGUGUAUUCCAAUGUGUGAAACAACUGGAUUCAUGUUCACGUGCUUCAGUUCUUGUUCUGGUGGGAUCAACAGACGUCCUGUGCAACUGGCAUUUAUAUUGGAAGAACUAGAUGGAAGGAUGAUUGACUCGUGCUACAUUGCCCUAAAAGUCUGCGCAAAUCCCUUACGUGAUGCUUCGAAAGAGAACGGAAGGUUCGAGCUACGCGAUGCAAUGUAUAGUGGAGGCAAUCUCCAGCGAAAACGCGGCAGUCGUUUUAUUGGUGAAUCAAUAAAACGCCCGAACUAUGGUGGAUAUAUAGAUGAAAUGUGUGCUUCCUGGGAGAUCCAUCUGACAGACGCAGGAAAGCUUCGCAAAUUGCUCUGGGUACUCAUGAAUGAGGACAGAUUCGAUCGCAUGAUGGAAUUGGAAAUGGCAAGAGGAGGAAACAUUUUCACUGAUGACUUCCGCACGCUUACCCCUGAUACCACCAUCAAAGAAUGGCUGAAUCGCAGUGAGAUAGGACUCGGCUCGCUUUCUGAUGUUUUCGAGCGUAAAUCUAUCUAUACGCUUGGCGAUCUCUCGAGGAUCUAUAGACAGGAUACUUUUAGCCAUUUCGGUUUCACAGCAGACCAGUGCAGCAUUCUGAAUAGAGUCUUCGAGGAAUGGAAUCAUAUGAAUAGAGCGAUUGCUACAGGCCAGGUCAACAUGGCAAACGGUAUUGGAUCCUAUCAUAUGUAAUUCUGUGCUUUGCUCUUUUGAAUAACUUCUCUGUUAUCUUGAAGUUGAACUCUACAACCAGGGUACUGAAGAGAGGGUCUAUGAUUACAGGUCUAUGAUGUGUGUCUCAGUUUGUUGUGCUCCUUAUCAAUUUUUCAACUUUCACAUAUUUCAAUCUCAUCUAACUUCUAGAAAGAUGUUGUUCAAGCUUCUCUUCACUAUUCCAGGUGUUUGAAAAGUUAAUUUUGUUGUAGUAAGCCAUAUUAAGGUUUUCACUUUUAUGUAACUCUUUUAUGAUUAUACGAAUUUCGCUAUUGGUUGGAUGUGCUUGAAUAGAUGUUGUUGUUGUUUGCUUGAAUGAAGGUGGUUUACUGUUUC